AUGGGGUCUUCGCUCAACGGGUUCAUUACGAAGAGUUCGAGCGCAUCACGGCACAGUAACGGGUCUAUCUUCCAGAGGGAGCCUGUGGCCAAGUGUAAUAACACGACGAGGUCCAACUUAUCGUUGGCGAUCCAGACGCAGAUGAAGAAUGAGGAGCAAGUUCCUAUUCCGAUUCCUGGCGCGCAAGAACGUCAGGCCGAUAAGCUGAAUUCCGGCAAAAGGGGGCCAGUGUUUGGCCUUGCUGAUGACAUUGUGGACGGUAUUGAGGACGAUGAUGAUGACGAUGAUGAUGAUUACUCCUCUUGCGAUGAGAAGAACGAGGAGAGCUCCAAGGACUAUAAGCCUGGUGGAUACCAUCCAGCUUACAAAGGAGAGACGUACAAAGAGGGGAGAUAUGUGCUUGUAAGGAAACUUGGGUGGGGCCAUUUCUCGACCGUAUGGCUUGCAAAAGAUACAGAGACUGGUUCUCAUGUAGCAAUGAAAAUUGUGCGCAGUGACAAGGUUUACACGGAGUCUGCAUUUGACGAAAUUAAGUUAUUGCAAGGAGUAAGUCCGUCAGAAAACGAAGGCUAUGGUAAGCACAAGGGGUCGGCACAUAUCUUAAAACUAUUGGAUAACUUUAUUCACUCAAGUGUAAAUGGAGAUCAUGUAGUAAUGGUAUUCGAAGUACUUGGUGAGAAUUUAUUAGCAUUGAUUAAAAAAUACGAACACAAGGGAAUACCUGUGGUUUACGUGAAACAAAUUGCAAAACAACUUCUACUGGGGUUGGACUAUAUGCAUAGAAAAUGUGGUGUCAUACACACUGAUAUCAAACCUGAGAACGUCUUGAUGGAACUUGGUGACGUUGAGACUAUAGUUAAAAUUGUCGAAGAAAUGGAUUAUGUGAAACGUGUCCAAAGAAAAAUGCAGCGGAGGGCUUCACGGGCUCAUUUAGAUCAACAUUCCAGACAGGGCUCUUUCACCGCUAUUACUGAUAAUCCAUCGGGCUCCGUUAGCUCAUCCUCAACAACAGCAAGAUCGCGUAGAUCCAGAAGACCAACAAUUAUUACGGGUUCUCAACCUUUACCAUCACCAUUGGGUUCUUCAAGCUUUCUUGAAUUGAAAGCACAUGUCUUUGCGUCAUCAUUUAAUAACAUGUCCAGGCAACCAUCAUUUGGUGGGAAACUUGGCUCGUCAUUGCUACAAAACGGCACCAUUGUCACAGAUUAUAACAAUAACAGUAACAGUAACAAUACUAAUGGUAAUAAUAAAAGUAAUAAUAAUAAUAGUAACAAAAAUAGUACCCACGGCAUAAUUGAUAAUAAUAGCGAUGAUGAUGGUGAUGAUAAAUUCGCAACGCCUCAAACUAACCCAUCUGUACUUCAAAAUGGCGAAAAAAAUAUUUCCCGCUUACAAAACAUGAUAAAUGCUGAGAAAAGGGAACAUGAUAGCUCUUCGGAACUAUUAGCUAACUCUUUCUCUUCUAUGGAAUUAGCUGAUCAACGCAAUGGCGAUGCAAGUUCCGCUUCAAACCUGGAAUCACCAGUGAUUCCUUCUUCGGAUGUUAUUCAAGUCAAAAUUGCAGAUCUCGGGAAUGCAUGCUGGUACGACGAGCAUUACACAAAUGCUAUUCAAACAAGGGAAUAUCGUUCACCUGAAGUUAUAUUAGAAUGUCCUUGGGGAGCUAGUGCCGAUAUAUGGUCAGUUGCAUGUUUAAUCUUUGAACUACUCACAGGUGAUUUUCUAUUUGAACCACAAAAUGGACAUUCUUACACGAAGGACGAUGACCACAUCGCCCAAAUUAUCGAGCUACUAGGAAACAUUCCAGAAUACUUAAUGACUACAGGAAGAGCUGUUAGAACAUUCUUUAAUUCCAGAGGAGAACUUAGAAAUAUUUCAAGAUUAAAAUACUGGCCUUUGAAAAGUGUCCUAAUAGAAAAGUAUAAUAUGGAUCCAAAGGAAGCAGAGCAGAUAUCUGAUUUCUUACUUCCUAUGCUAGAAAUGGAUCCAAGAAAAAGAGCUGAUGCAGGGGGUAUGAUCAAUCACCCUUGGCUUGCUGAUGCUUUGGGUAUGGAAGAUGUCACCGUUCCUGAUAGAAAGCUAUAUCAUAGCGGUGCAGACAUUCCUGGUUGGUACAAAGAAGUGCAAGGCCAUGCAAAGCAUUGA